ACCCUUUCACAAGUUCACCCUUGGCACCUCUCACUCCCUCUCAGGAAAUUCACCGCCUCGCCGGAAUUUCGCCGACAACAGUUCCGGUAGCUGCGAAAAGGGCGAUAAAGAAGAGAAAAGGAGAGGUUUUCCUACUCUUUUUUCAGCUUUCUAGGUUUCUCUAUUUCUCAUCAGUAUACUCUGACGUAUUAAUCGCAUACUAUAUUGAGAGAACUAUUAUUCUAAAGAGGAGAGUGAGUACUGUGCGUUUUCCUACUCUUUUGGCUGCUAAAACCCGUCUUCUCCAUUUGGACGCGCUCGCGCAAAGAGAGAUUAGCUAUGGGAAGAAAAGCUGGAAAAUACAAGAAGAGGGAAAGCAAUCCCUCAAAAAAGUCUUCCAAAACGGACUUCUACAAUGAAGAUGAUGAUAUGAUGAACGAUGAAAUCGAUGCCUUUCACAAGCAGAGGGAUAUAAUUCCACUGGACAUUAACAAAGAUGUUGAUGAAGAGUCUGAUGAAGAUGAUGACCAUCCUGUGUAUGAUUUGGAGGAUGAUGAUGAGGAUGAUGAAGAUGAGGGGAACGAUGAUGAUGAUUAUGAUGAUGGCCUUGCUGCUAAAAUUUCAAAGCAACUAAAGUAUAUGCGGGCAAAAACGGGUGGGGUUGAUGAUGAAAUGCACGAUGAAUCUGAUAAAGAGGAGAAAAAGAGAACUGUGUGGAGUAGACACAAGUCGGUUUAUUACAACACUGAAAAUCUACAUUCAAGUGAUGAUGAUCUCCCAGCGGAGGAGGAAGAGGUUUUGAGAUUGCAGAAGGAAAAUGCUAAAGCUUUGUCAUUGGAAGACUUUGGUCUUGAAGAUGACAAAGAAGCAACAUUUGAGGAAAUUCUAGCCCAUGGUAAACCUGCUGUAAAAGAUUCUGCAGAUAAAGAACAGAACAAUGAAACCAGCAUUGCCUAUGAGAAAAUAAAGAAAGAUUUAAAUGCUUUGACAAGGGAAGAGCAAAUGGAUGUUGUCUAUAGCUCUGCCCCAGAAUUAGUUGGUUUAUUGUCUGAGCUUAAUGAAGCACAUGAGGAGCUUGAUAACAAAGUAAAUCCACUCUUGAGCAAGAUUAAUCUUGGAAGUGGAAAGAAAGGAGAAUUGCACUAUCUGGAGGUCAAAAGGCUUCUUCUGCUCUCAUAUUGCCAGGCUAUUACCUUCUAUCUACUUCUCAAAUCAGAAGGGCAACCUGUUUGUGAUCAUCCAGUUAUUUCUCGCCUCGUGGAUAUAAAGGCUUUGUUGGAUAAGAUGAAAGAACUUAAUGGGAAUCUUCCUUCUGAAGUUGAAAUUCUUUUGAGCAAGGGUGGUGGUACUGAAGCCGAAGAGAGAUUGGUUACAGGGGAUGUUGCCUUUGAAUCUGAGCAUCCACCAAAUCAAAAUCCCUCUGUGGUUGUAGUUGACACUCAAGUUACAGAGCCUAAUGGAGCUGCCGAAUCAGUGGAGUUGAAUAGUCCAAAGGAGUACAAUAAAACUCAUUCAAAGCGGAAGCUUCAGGUAGGUCAUGAUGACCAAGUGGGUGUACAAAGCAUGGAAAUGUUGAAAAUAAGAGCAGCUCUUGAGGAGAAGCUGAAACAUAAAGGUGUCUUCAGUUCUUUAGCAGCAAAACAUGAAAACUCUAAGAAACGUCUACGACCAGUGAAUGGACAACUUGCAACCUUAGAAGAUUUUGAUGAUGAUGCCAUGGACAUAGAAGGAGGUGUUCAUGGGGUGGCAAAUGGUAAUGCCCAUUUGCCACGUCCAAGUAAACUAUCUAAGCUUGUGACUCAAGUAAAUAAAUCCAAGCAGUUUAUUUCUGGUGAUGAUGACUUGCCAAAACGAGAUGAUAUUGGGGAGAGGCGAAGGAAACAUGAGUUGAGAGUUCUUGCUGGAGCUGGUAUCAAAUCUGCAGAUGAUGUUGAAGAUGAGUCUGCGGACCUCUCAAGUGAUGGGGAUGCAAAUGGUGAAACAGACUCAGACUUGGAGUUCUACAGACAAGUAGAGAAAAAGCAUUCUGCAAAGGUUGCUGCUAAAAAGCAUUCAAGGACCAAAUUAGUCUCGUCUCUACCUGAAACCACUGUAGACGGGAAGCGCCAGAUUAAUUACCAGAUUGAGAAAAACAGGGGGCUAACUCGUAAUCGUAACAAGAAAGGCAAAAAUCCAAGGAAGAAGUACAGGUCAAAGCAUACAGAAGCUGUUAAGCGUAGGAAAGGACAGGUGCGGGAGAUCAAGAAACCCUCUGGUCCUUAUGGCGGAGAAGCUUCUGGUAUUAAUGCUGGUAUCAGCCGUAGUUUACGAUUCAAGAACUAAGUUCUUGUGCCAUUUUGAUACAUUCGACGUAGCAAAGAUCAUCAUGGUUGUGGGUUCCAUGAUGCAAUCCUGUUCUUGUAGGUUGGUCCAAACUGGAUUUUGUUGUAUGCUUGUUUUAAGGAUUUAUUUAUUGAAAUCUUUUCAGAUAUAUUCGUCCUAGGUUUCAUCAUCAUCUUACAUAUAGACAUCAAUUAUUUGGGAUACGAUUUCAAGUGCUGUGCUUUUGCAGCCACCUGAGUUCCAAUUUUGUUGUACGAGACUGAUGUACUCACUAUUUCUUAAUAUAUGAGUAUAUGACCCCAAGUAUUUGGGCAUUUAUAACUUA